AUGCGCGAUACGAGGCAUACGCGUCCCCAACCCGUCGCCGUCGUUCCCCAGCCCGUCGCCUUCGUUCCCCAGCCCGUCGCCUUCGUUCCCCAGCCCGUCGUCUUCGCUCAGCCCGUCGUCUUCGCUCAGCCCGUCGUCUUCGCCCAGCCCGUCGUCUUCGCCCAGCCCGUCGUCUUCGCCCAGCCCGUCGUCUUCGCCCAGCCCGUCGCCUUCUCUCCAUCCGCCCGUCGCCUCUGUCAAUCAGCCCGUCGCCUUCUGUCCCUCCGCCCGUCGCCUUCUCUCCCUCCGCACGUCGCCUUCUCUCCCUCCGCCCGUCGCCUUCGCUUCCUCCGCGCGUCACCCUCACUCCCCCCCCCUGUCGCCCUCGCUUCCCCCACCCAUCGCCCUCGCCUUCCUGGCCGUCGCAUUCUCUACCCCUCUCAUCGCCCGUCUCUUUCUUCCCCCCCACUCACUCUCUUCCCACCGCUCACUCUCUCCUUCCCCCAUUCACCUUCUGCCCUUCUGCUGACUCUUCUCUCCCCCACUCACUCCCCCCCCGCUCACCCUCUUUCCCCCCUCUCACUUGCUUCCCCCUGGUCAUUUUCUCCCCUCCUGCGCUCUCUCUCCCCCCCUGCGCACUCUCUCCCCCCCUGCGCACUCUCUCCCCCCCUGCGUACUCUCUCCCCCCCCGCGCACUCUCUCCCCCCCUGCGCACUCUCUCCCCUCCUGCGCACUCUCUCCCCCCAUGCACACUCUCUCCCCCCCCUGUCUCCCCCCUUGCGCACUCUCUCCCCCCCGCGCACUCUCUCCCCCCCUGCGCACUCUCUCCCCCCUUGCGCACUCUCUCCCCCCCCUGCGCACUCUCUCCCCCCCCUGCGCACUCUCUCCCCCCAUGCGCCCUCUCUCCCCCCCCUGCGCACUCUCUCCCCCCCCUGCGCACUCUCUCCCCCCCUGCGCACUCUCUCCCCCCAUACGCACUCUCUCCCCCCCUUGCGCACUCUCUCCCCCCCUGCGCACUCUCUCCCCCCAUGCGCCCUCUCUCCCCCCCCUGCGCACUCUCUCCCCCCCCUGCCGCACUCUCUCCCCCCCUGCUCACUCUCUCCCCCCCUGGUCACUUUCUCCCCGCCUGGGCUCGCCCCUCUUUCCCCCCUGUUUACGCUCUAUUCCCCUUCGUUCAACUCCUCCUAG